AUGGCGCGGCCUCGGGGUCACCCGGGGCGCAAACGCCGCCGGCGUCGCCCGGACGGAGGCGUCCUGGAACGCCGAGCCCCGGAUCCCCGCGUGUCCCACGCACCCCGGCCCCGAGCCCCGGCCCCCCGCGCGUCCCGCUCACCUCGAACCCGAGCCCCAGACCCCGCGCUUAGCGCGGCUCGCCCCGCGCGGGCCCGGAGGAACGCGGGCGCCGCCCAAGCGGGCCGAUCCGACCCCGCCGCGCCCCUCCGCGCUCGGGGACCACCCGCGCCGCACGGGCCGGCCACAGACCCGCCCGGAAACUCGGGACGCGCCCGGCCUCCUCAACAAGACGACCGCGCGACGCUCCCCUCCGCCGCCAUCGAGCCGGCGGCGCCUCAACUGCCCGGGCCCCAGGCCGAGUUCCCCCUCAGGGGGCGCAGACCCCGCGCUGAGGAUGGCCCACCGCCCGUGGGUGGCUGCGACCUGGGCAGUUCCUCCCGGGGUCGGGAGUGUGACCCGGAGCUGGGGGUGGGCUGGUGGCGGCAGCAGCGGGGAGUGACCGAGGCGGGGGUCGAGACCCGGACCCGGCCGCCCAGCAGCCCGGCUCCCGCCUGCCGGCAUCCCGCGCCCGGUCACCCUGCGCCCCGACGCGGCCAGAGAGAGCAUCUGGGUUCUCUGAGGUGGCCACAGCAAGCCGUAGCCCUGCCUCGUCAGAGGCAGCAGAGCCCACUGCCUGGGUUCACAGGUCUGGAUAAGAUCGUGUCCCCUGAUUCCCGAGACAGUGGUGAGGUCGGAAAGCACCAAGAGAUGCGGGCCGUCUGGCCCCAGUCUGGCUCCAGUCUGGCUCAGCCCCACUGCACUGUGCUUCCGUACUCUGACUCGGAGGACGGGUUGAGCCAGAAGGCCGUCUUCUGCGAUCGACUACUGAGCCGAUGCCGCCGAUGGAGCUUCUCAGUUGUUCUGACGAAGCGGUUGCUCAUCCUGGCCAUGAUUUAG